AUGUCAUACUUGUCAGAAAUACAGGAAAUUGGUGGAAGGGGAGGCUCUCCUUUUCGUUUUGAUGGUAUUGAAAAUGGAGCCACACUAAAAAAAAUCUGGGUGUGGGCUGGUGGCUGGCAGAUAAGAGGCAUUAAGGUCUGGCUUACAAAUGACAAUUCACAGCAGUUUGGAAAAUCUGAAGGGAAGUUUUCAGAAUUUACAUUUGAAGAUAAGGAGCAUUUUACUUCCCUCUCACUUUGGGGAAAUGGAGCUGGAACACGUCUGGGUGGCAUUAAAUUUAAAACAAAUCUCUCUCGAGAGUUCUCUGCAUACAUGACUGACUGGGGGCUGAAAACUGAAUAUCCAGUUGAUGUUGGUUCUGGAAUUUGCAUGGGAAUCACAGGACGUUCAGGAUCAGAUAUAGACAGCUUAGGCUUUGUGUUCAUUAACACCAUCAAGUCGACUGUGCUUACAAAUGUCAACUAUCCUACACUUCAUAAAGUGAUACCCCAGGUGGCUGUUGAAGAAAUCAAAACCAUGACCUACCGAAACAAAUCUUCUGAAACUCAAGAAUACAAAAUAGAAACCUCCAAGAAACUCACAAAGAAGUCAGCCUGGAGUGUGUCCAACAAGAUGGAAUUCACAUUUAGUAUGGAAGUGAAGGCGGCAAUCCCAGAGAUCUUAGAAGUGUCAACUGGACUGGGUUUUAAAGUGGGAUCUGAACACUCAUAUGGUUUAGAAAACACUGAAGAGAAAACUGAGAUGUUGUCUUUUCCUGCCAAAGUCCCUCCAAGAAAAGCCAUGGAUGUGAACAUCACAAUUGGCCGGGUUACAGUAGAUCUUCCCUACAAGGGCACUGUCAAAAUUACCUGCUACAAUGACAGUGUUCUGACAUUUGCAACAAGUGGAACCUACAAGGGCCUUACCUACACUGAUGCUAAAGUGAUCGUGAAGGAAUCAACAAAACUUCUGUCAUCUGACUAGUCAUCUAUAGAA